AAGUGUAUAUAUUAUGAAUAUUUAAUAGUGGAUAUCGUAUUCAAUUUUUUACGCUAGUUGUGCGGUGUUCAAAAGCGACUCAUUCAAUAAUACAUUAUUUUGAAGUUGCCAUGAAUUUCCAAAUGGUUUUUGGUAAAUCAAACUCUCUUUUCACAGAUUGGGAGAGGUGCUAUCAAAACAUCAUCACAUUCCUCAUGAAAGAGAAAAACAAGAAAGAAAAAACUGUGAGAGAACUUCUGGGCACUGUUAGUGGAGGAAAUUUCAGUGAAAAUAGACGAGAUGCUUCAAUUGUUUGGACCUUACUUGCUUAUUUGGUGCCUACGAUGGAUGCCAUUACUGGACAAAGAACCCAACCAAAUAUACAAUUAAAGAUUCUCAGGGAUCAUUCCUGUUUGUUGAAAGGUAGAUUCAGGAAGUGGAAGAUCAUAUAGAAUAUUGGAAAACAAGAUUAACAACCCCAUACAGCCAUUUAUAAAAGCCAUUGCAUCGGAAAUGAAAUGAAAUUUAUAAAUGAAUUGUUUGUAUAUUUUGAUGACAGAAGAUUCGAAUUCCAUAGU